AUGGAGGCUGAGACUUCCGCACAAUGGCGAUUCGCCCAGUGCUUUGGAGACAAGGGCGAGGUGGAUGAUAUAACGGAAGCCGACAUAAUCUCCACAGUGGAAUUUGACCACACGGGAGACUAUCUCGCGACUGGAGAUAAGGGUGGUCGGGUUGUAUUGUUUGAAAGAAACGAGCAGAAACGGGGAUGCGAGUACAAGUUCUAUACAGAGUUCCAAUCACAUGAGCCGGAAUUCGAUUACCUUAAAUCGCUCGAGAUCGAGGAGAAGAUCAACCGGAUCAAGUGGUGCAAGAGGCAGAACUCGGCUCAUUUCCUCCUCAGCACAAAUGACAAAACCAUAAAGCUGUGGAAGGUAUUCGACAAGCAAAUCAAAGUGGUAGCAGAAAACAACCAUUCGGACGGCUUUCCAUCGGGAGGAGCCAAUGGGGCCCAGCCACCUCUACGCUUGCCGAAAAUGACCACUCACGACUCUAUCACCGCCGCUGUCCCUCGGAAAGUCUAUGCCAACGCCCACGCAUAUCACAUCAACUCGAUAUCCGUCAAUUCGGACGGGGAGACGUAUAUCUCGGCGGAUGACUUGAGGAUCAACCUGUGGAACCUGAACAUCAGCGAUCAGAGCUUCAACAUUGUCGACAUCAAACCCGUCAACAUGGAGGAAUUAACUGAAGUCAUCACCGCUGCCGAGUUCCACCCGAUCCACUGCAACCUCUUCAUGUACUCUAGCUCAAAGGGAACCAUCAAGCUCGCAGAUAUGCGAGAGUCGGCCCUUUGUGACGCUCAUGCGAAGUUGUUUGAAGAGGAGGAAGAUCCGACCCAAAAAUCCUUCUUCUCCGAAAUCAUCUCGUCCAUCUCGGACGUCAAGUUCUCCAAGGACGGCCGAUACAUUCUCUCCCGCGACUACCUCACCCUAAAGAUCUGGGACAUCGCCAUGGAGAACAAGCCGGUCAAGACGAUAAACAUCCACGAUCAUCUCCGGCAAAAGCUGUGCGAUCUGUACGAGAAUGACUGUAUCUUUGAUAAGUUUGAGUGUACCUUUAGCGGGGACGGAGAUUCGGUGUUGACCGGCUCAUACCACAACUACUUCCGGAUCUAUGAUGUCAACACCGAUAACGAUGUGGUGCUUCAGGCGGAUAAGUCGGCGUUCAAGGCAAAGAAGGUCGGCGGGGCGAGGGGGAAGACACCAGGAAAGAAGGAGGGGCUGCAGACGGAGGGUAUAGACUUCCAGAAGAAGAUUCUACACGCAAGUUGGCACCCACAAGAAAAUACCAUUGCUAUUGCGGCUACGAACAACUUAUUCCUGUACUCUACGCUCUCGUAA